AUGGAACCGCAAAAAAAAAUUGAAGAUAAUUCUUUAAAAGAUAAUAAUUAUGAAGACAAUGUUACAACUGUGGAAAUGAAAAAUAAAAUUGUUGAAAAAAAAAGUGAUUUUUUAAAAAGAAAAUUAAUUUUAAAACCUCGAAAGUCAAUAAAAAAAAUUGGAAAAUUUAAAAAUUGGAAAAAUAAAGAAAAUAAAAACAAUUGUAAUGAGGAAGAAGAAGAAGAUGAACCAAAGAAACAGGAAUAUUAUUUUAUUCAGAAUUUAAAUUCAUUUAGAGAUAUAUCUAAGAAAAUGUUUAAAGAUGUAAACAAUUUCAAUAAUGAUAAUACAAAUGAAUUGGAGAAUCAUAUAUCGUUUUCUUACUUAAUACAAUAUAAAUUUAUUAUUUUUGUACAAUUUAUACAAGGAUUUUUAACCGGUCUUACAACUGCUCAAGCAUUAUCAACAUACUUAUUUUCUUCAUUGGAAACUUUUUUGGAAGGUUAUCAAAUAAUUGCAAUUCCGGCUCAUGCAACAUUUUUUAUUUUAUUUACUUUAUGUACAAUUUUAGCUAUUGAAAAUUUUAAGGAAAAAAAAAAGAAAGUUAUAUCAUUUUUUUAUAAAUUAUUUACAUUUAAAAUUGACUCAUGGGCUAUCUUUAUUUGGUUAUCUGGAUCAAUUAUAAAUUUAUCAUUAUUACGUUUUGAUGAAAAGAUAGGUGUUUUUUCAGUUAAUUUAUUAAAAAAUCAAACUGAUAUUAAUGAAUUAAUGAUAUGGAGAUUGUUGGCAUGUUUUCGAGCAUUUUUAUCAACUAUAGGUUGGUUUCUAACAAUGAAACAGGACAAACAGCAACUUCUGAUACCACUUGUUGAUAAGAAUAGUGAGGAAGAAAAAAGGAAAAUAUAA